UUUCUAGCUCAUAAAAGCCGGUGCUGGUCCCACAAGAGCCGUCUUUGUAAGAAAGCUUUUGAACGUGGGCUUGCUGUGCGGUGAGGGGGGAGAAGAUCUGGAGAAUGGCUGAAGAGUUUGUGAGUAGCAAAAUACGAUGCGAUAAAGUGACAGUGUUUGGGAAACCUUCCUGUCCUUAUUGUCACAUGGCAGUGGAGCUUCUGGAGAAACUUGGUGUCAAGCAUUUGGAAUACGUUGACCUCACAACCCGAGCGGAUAUGUCCAAUAUUCAGGACUAUAUGCUACGCACUACAGGCGCCAGAUCUGUCCCUCGUGUCUUUAUUGGAGAAACUUGUAUUGGUGGUUAUGACAACCUGAAAGCUCUACAUGACAGGGGCGAACUCAUUCCAAAAUUGAAGGAAAUUGGUGCUUUGUAGUGAUUCCGAGAGUAGAGAUGACUGGAGACUGGGACUACCUCCUGCUGCCCUGAAAGCCUUGGAGGACAAAACUGGUCAUCUCUUCUACAUCCACUGCCGUUCUUCAACUGGAUUUUAAUGCAGAGGAUUAAUGCAGAGGUGGAGAGCUCCAUGUUCUAGUUAUUGUUUGCCUUGCUAAGAAUAUUGCUAUAACUUAUUCUUCAGCACCUCUUUCUGAAAAUGGAAGUGACAGAAGUGAACCAUUGUAAUAAAAUGCCUGCUUCUAGUCUCUUAUUGUUUUUACAGUUCAAAGGUCUCUGGCUCAAAUGCACUUCCAAAUAUCUUUUAACUCCUUUUACCCUAUGCAGCCCCUCAUCCAUUACCUUUUUCCUCUGUGACUUUAAGCAACUCAGUCUCCUUCAUUCUUACUUAGAGACAAUCCCUUUGUCCCAAGAGGAGUGAGAACUCCUCGCUUAUUUGGCCCCAUCAUUUAGAAGGCGUUAAUGCCAGUCUAGGACACAUUUCCUUGCUUCCUCUUUUCUCUACCAAUCUUACCACAUCUCUAACACAACACAUUACUAUGCAUGUUCCACCUUUGGCAAGCUCUUUAGCCUCCUGUCUUUCGGGUGACAAAAAAGUCCAAGGGCUGGGAGAUGUUUGGCAGGCUUGCCUGUGAAGCCAUUGGGUAGUGCCUCAUCACUGUAGUGCUCCCUAUAUAGCUGGUAUGCAUCACUCCUGCUCCCAGUGAAGUCAUCACUAAAUGAGCCUGCUGAGCAGGCAUCGGAUCCAUGCUACCUUUUGGGUUGUGCCGGUCUGGUGAAAGCUUAGAAAUAAAUGCGUAACAUGAAUGGUCUUGGUUUUCAUUACUUCUUUGCAAUCAAAAGACGAGGCUUGAAUAGCCAAGUGUAAGUGACUGAUGCAUCUUAGUA